GUUAUCUUGAAGAAAUGAAGUUUUAAGGCCAAGUUAUCUACCGCAGUAGAAGAUGGGCUCAAAUAGCAGUAGAGUUGGCGAUCUUCCUAAAAAUGAGUACUUAGCAAAGUUAUCGGGCACAGAGUCUGUCUCUGAGAAUGACCCAUUCUGGAAUCAGCUUUUCUCAUUUUCUUUCCCUGCCCCAACUAGCAGUGCAGAGUUGAAGCUCUUGGAGGAGGCAACAAUUUCAGUCUGCAAGUCUUUAGUUGAAAACAAUCCUCGAACAGGAAACUUUGCUGCAUUAGUUAAGGUCUUCCUUUCCCGAACCAAAGAACUAAAACUAUCAGCGGAAUGUGAGAACCAUAUCUUCAUUUGGCAGACACACAAUGCUUUGUUUAUUAUUUGCUGUGUUCUGAAAGUGUUCAUCUGUGAGAUGACAGAGGAGGAAUUGCAAGUUCAUUUUACUUAUGAAGAAAAAUCUCCUGGCACUUAUGGUUCUGACUCAGAAGACCUUUUGGAAGAAUUGGUCUGCUGUUUGAUGCAGUUAAUCACCGAUAUUCCACUCUUAGAUAUUACAUAUGAAAUAUCAGUAGAAGCUAUAUCAACAAUGGUUGUUUUUCUUUCCUGCCAACUCUUCCACAAAGAAGUUUUACGGCAGAGCAUCAGUCACAAGUACUUGUUGCAAGGUCGAUGUCUUUCGUACACCAGCAAACUUGUGAAAACGUUACUGUAUAACUUCAUCAGACAAGAAAGACCGCCUCCUCCAGGAGCCCAUGUUUUCCCGCAGCAAUCCGAUGGGGGCGGACUGCUCUAUGGACUUGCCUCAGGAGUAGCAACUGGACUCUGGACUGUCUUCACACUAGGCAGUGCGGGCAGCAAGCAACAGAAUCCUGAGCUUUCUUCCCCUCUGGCCAACCAGAGCCUCCUGCUCCUGCUGGUGCUGGCCAACCUGACAGAUGCACCGGACGCACCCAACCCCUACAGACAGGCCAUCAUGUCUUUUAAGAACACACAAGAUAGCAGUCCUUUCCCUUCACCAUCCCCCCAUGCUUUCCAGAUUAACUUUAAUAGUUUGUACACAGCUCUGUGCGAACAGCAGACGUCUGACCAGGCAACGCUCCUCUUGUACACGUUGCUCCAUCAGAACAGUAAUAUUAGAACAUACAUGUUGGCUCGAACAGACAUGGAAAACCUUGUUUUACCAAUUCUUGAAAUUCUGUAUCAUGUUGAAGAAAGAAAUUCACACCAUGUAUAUAUGGCUCUUAUAAUAUUAUUGAUUCUUACAGAAGAUGAUGGCUUCAAUAGAUCCAUUCAUGAAGUGAUAUUAAAAAAUAUUACUUGGUAUUCAGAGCGGGUUUUAACUGAGAUUUCACUGGGGAGCCUCCUGAUACUAGUCGUAAUAAGAACCAUUCAGUACAACAUGACAAGGACAAGAGACAAGUACCUUCAUACAAAUUGUUUGGCAGCUUUAGCAAAUAUGUCGGCCCAGUUUCGCUCCCUCCAUCAGUAUGCUGCCCAGAGAAUCAUCAGUUUGUUUUCUUUGCUGUCUAAAAAACACAACAAAGUCUUGGAACAAGCCACCCAGUCACUGAGAGGUCCAUUGAGUUCCAGUGAUGUCCCUCUACCAGAUUAUGCACAAGACCUAAAUGUCAUCGAAGAAGUGAUUCGAAUGAUGUUAGAGAUCAUCAAUUCCUGCCUGACAAAUUCUCUUCACCACAACCCAAACUUGGUGUAUGCAUUGCUUUACAAACGAGAUCUCUUUGAACAGUUUCGAACUCACCCUUCAUUUCAGGACAUAAUGCAAAAUAUUGAUCUGGUGAUCACCUUCUUUAGCUCAAGGUUGCUACAAGCUGGAACUGAGCUGUCGGUGGAACGAGUCCUGGAAAUCAUCAAGCAAGGGAUUGUUGCACUGCCCAAAGACAGGCUAAAGAAAUUUCCAGAACUGAAAUUUAAAUACGUGGAAGAGGAGCAGCCCGAGGAGUUUUUCAUCCCCUACGUCUGGUCUCUGGUCUACAGCUCUGCCGCGGGCCUGUACUGGAACCCCCAGAACAUCCAACUGUUCACGAUGGAUUCGGACUGAGGGGCGGCCAUACCCACACCCCCGCCCCCACCCCCGAGCCAAGCAGCCCUCCUAGUUACUUUCUCUCUGGGGAACGGAAGUGAGCAGCCAGAUCGCCCGGUGUGUCUUCUAUUAGAGACUAUUACAGAGCCCGCUUCCCUCACCACCUUGAUUUGGAGAAUGGACGCCUGUUGGCAGUAGAUCACUCGGCUUAGACGGCAGUGCCGAGCGGGGAAGGGGACACACACAGUAAUAAACGUUAACACCUGCUACUC